UAACGGCCUAACUGGCGCUCUUUCUAGUCGGAUAGCUUAUCACUACGCACACAGCCCACAAACCUAAGGUCCAGAAACGAAGAUCCAAAACAGAGAGAGACACACACAGACAGAGAGAGAGAGAGAGAAAGAGAGAGAGAGAAUGCGAAGCAUAACGCUCUCUUCGCAGAGCGUUUUACUACUGAGGCCUCAUUCACUUCCUUCAUCUUCUAAACCUCUCAAAUCACACCACUCUUAUCUCAACUCUCGCUUCACCAAUCAAACUUCCAACCUCUCUUCUUCCAGUCCCACCGUCUUUCUCUCCAGAUAUGCAAGGCAGCAAUGUGUAAACAUGUACAAGGAGUUCAAGUUCCUAAAUUGCAAUGCAUGCAAAGCAACUCAAUGGACAAAUGAUGUGGAUGACUAUGAUGGUUUGGACAAAUCACCUUCAAAGAAGAAAAUUGGAGGGAGGAAUUCUAUACCUAAUGUGGAUGACUACAAUGCUUCUAAUACACCAUUCCACUGUUAUCUGAAGUUCACACUGCUCUUUGGAUUGUUCAGCCUUGGAGGCAGUCAACAGGCAGUUGCUGGGUCAGAUUUUGCUAGUGGAUUGCAAUCAAUAUCAUUUUUUGGGGACCUUGGCGAUAUUAGCACAGGUUUUGCUUCAGCAUUCUUGCUUAUAUUUUUCUCUGAGCUAGGGGACAAAACCUUUUUUAUUGCGGCACUUUUAGCAGCUAGGAACUCCAGUGCUGUUAUUUUCAUUGGGACUUUUGGCGCACUUGCGACAAUGACAAUCAUAUCUGUUGUUCUAGGACGAACUUUUCAUUACGUCGAUGAUAUCCUUCCGUUCAGAUUUGGUGACACUGAUUUACCUGUUGAUGAUAUUGCUGCAGUUUGCCUUCUGGUGUAUUUUGGAGUUUCAACCUUGCUUGAUGCCAAUUCUGGAGAUGGUCUGAAGGCAGAAGAAGAACAGAAGGAGGCAGAGCUGGCUGUUUCAGAAUUUUCAGGAAAUGGUGCUGGGAUUUUAGCUGCUGCUAACACAGUCAUUAGUACUUUUCUGCUUGUUUUUGUUGCUGAAUGGGGUGACAAAUCAUUUUUCUCAACAAUAGCACUUGCUGCCGCUUCUUCACCUCUUGGAGUCAUUGGGGGAGCGCUAGCUGGUCAUGGAGUUGCAACUUUGCUGGCUGUUUUGGGAGGUUCUUUACUGGGGACAUUCUUAUCUGAGAAGGUUAUUGCUUACGUUGGAGGUACUCUUUUUCUCGUCUUUGCAGCAGUAACGUUGAUAGAGAUAGUAAGUUAAGGUUAAGGAGAUCUAUAUUUUCAUCUGUGUUAGAUCUUUACAUUUACAGACAUCACAAACAUUCAUUUCCGUGGAUUAUUGAAAGAAUUUUGUCAGAAACUCAAUUUUCAUAUCUUGAGCCAAAAUUUGUUA